AUGCUCUCAAUUUCCCAGCGUUCAUUUUACAAAGAAGAGUACCAGUUUUGGUUUCUGCUCUUGUUUGGGCUUAUCAUUUGUUUGAACAUUUUAUCAAUUCUGUAUUAUUUCUUCAAUCUCAUAAUUACGAUUCGUGUCAAACACUAUAAAACUAAUUUGGCGAAAAUCCACCAAGAAAUUUAUGUGUCUUGUCCUAUCAGUUCAACAAUUGUAAUUGUUGAAAAAGUAUUAGAUAUUAUGGGAAAACGGAGAGCCAAUUACAUUCAAGUUUUUGUGGCAUUUCAUAUGUUUCUCAGUACGAUUUGCUACUUUAUUUCAUUUCAAUCGUACCUGAUAAAUCGCAGUUACUACUACAAAAAUCGUGUUACGAAGGCAGUAUAUCCGUUGGCAGAACGAUAUCAGAUAGCUGAAAACAUUCGGAUGUAUCAGUUUUUCGAUCAUUUUUUGAUUGUUCUUGCGGUUUUCGUAGUUUUUUAUUUUUUUUUUGCUUGUAUCUUGAUAACUUUUUUUUGUAUUGCUUGUAUCUUGAUAACUCACUAUGACUCGGUACCUAUUCAUAGAGAAAUCCUCUGUGUAGUUUUCGAUUUGAGUUUCACUUUAUUAUGCAUCAUUGCACCAUAUCUUAUUCUGAAGAAGCGAAUUAUGGCAAAAUGA